AUGAAAUUAGAUGAAAAUCAAAAAAAUUUAAAAAUAUUAGAAGAAAUUAGCUAAUGCAAAGAUAAUAUUUUAAGAUUUUUGAAAGAGGAAAUUAAUUAAAGCUUGUUACAUUCUUUAUUAGAUAAUUUAGCGCUAAAUAAUUGUAAGUUAAGUUCCUUAGAAGUAAAUUCGGCUUUAGUUAUGGAGAAUAUGAAUAAAAUAAAAUAAUUAAGCGAUUUAUUGAUUGUAGAGGAGAUGUAAGAAACUAUUUUAAAGAAUUUAGUAUUGGAGGCUAGUUAUACAAAUUUAAUAAAGAAAAGUAAAACCCUUUAAGUUAUAAAAGUAAUGGACCUACUCAAAGAAUCAUUUGACCACAUUAAAUCUGUAAACUCAAUGGAUUUAGUAUUUUUUUUAGGUGGGACAGGAUCAGGAAAAAGCACUUCCAUUAAUUAUUAUUUAGGUCAUGAAUUAGAGGAAUAUAAUAGAUAUGGAAGAAAAUUUCUCAAAUUAAAAUUAGAAAAAGAUCUUCCUCUAAAUGAGUUUGCUAAAAUAGGCCAUUCAAUAGCUGUUUCAGAAACAACAUUUGUACAAGGGUACAAAGUGGCGAGGAAGGAAAAAUUAAUGUUAUGUGAUUGCCCUGGAUUUGAUGAUACUAGAGGAGAUAUUUAUGAUUUGACUACUGUGCUUAGUAUUGAUUAAACCAUUAAAAACUGUAAUUCAAUAAAGGCGAUUGUUUUAACUCUUUCAUAUGAAUCAUUUUUUGUAAAUAGAAGUAGCGCCAUCAUAUAAUUAUUUGAAAAUGUAAGGCAGUUAAUUCCAAAUAUUUUUAAUGACAAUUAAGUUAAAAAUUCUGUAUAUCUUUUAAUCACCAAAGCCAACAACUCCAAUUAACUAAAAGAAGUCUUAACAAUGUUGAUAUAAGAUGCUUACAAAACUGAUAAUCAAAUGUUGAAUUAUUUAGAGGAAUAAGAUAACCAAUAUAAUUUAAAAAAUACAAAAAAUAUGGAGAGAUUAUAAAUUUGGCAAUUUGUGUUAUAUCUGAUAUAAAACUAAAGGGUGAUCAGCUAUAAUAUCAUAAAUCAAAUGGAAGCACUAGACCAAUUAGUCGACUUUGAAAAUAUGAUGGGUAUUGAUAAAAAUUAAUUUUGUAAAGCAAUGGACAGAUCAGAUAAAAAACAACUUGCAUUUAGCAAAUAUAUUAUAUUUUAAUUAGACACUUGGCAAAGAUAGAUUUUUGAGAAAUUCUUUCAUGAGAUUCCUCAAGAAAUUAAGAAUGCUGAAACGUGGAUUAAUUAAAAACAAACCAGUAUAAAAGAAAAAGAAAAGGAAAAUAAAUUGGAAGAAGAAAGAAUUCAGUAUUUAAAAACAAAAAUCGCAGAGUUCGAAAAUGAAAUCCAAACACUCUAAAAACUAUCAAACAAUAAAGAAUAGAUUAUUCAAAAAUUGAAUACAAAAAAUAAAUUUUCUGACUAAAUUAGAAAGGAUGCAGAGGGUGAAAUAGAAAAUUUGAAUUGUUAUAUAAAAAAAAAGAAUGGUAUAUUAGAAAGAAAUAAAAAAGAAAUUGAAUCUUUUAAAAAUGAAAUUCAGAACAUCCAAAAUGAAAUCAAAAAAUUAGAAUAAGAUAAUACUAAGUUAUCAGAAGGGAAUACAUAUAAAAUUAUUUAUAUGAAUUUAGAUAACUUUGGAAUGAAUGAAAAACUAGAAUAUUGGGUCAGCAAGCAAUUUACAUGA